GACGGUGUGAUUGGCUGUCAGGGCUGCGCUUGCCUCUUUGCUUUUCAUUAGAGCGGAUUGAGGGAGAGAAAGAAGAGUGGAUGUUGCCCGGGGAGGAGAGCCCCCUCGCCCGCUGGCAUAACGGGACCAGGUAGAGGGGAGGUAGCUGGUCGGGGUCGGUACCAACACCAGAACAGAAAGCUUCCCAGCCUCUUACAGUAACGCUCGCUUGCUCCAUGCACAGCCCGCACUGAGGCUCUGCCACACAACAUUACCAGACUCUGAUUCAUUGCUUGUGACCUUCACCUCAGGAUCAGCACAAUUACCAUUGGAGACUUUUAUUGGAGACAAUAGGGAUGAAAGAACUGCUGUCCGUGGUGAAAACAGAGAUGUGAAAGAUGAUGGGGGAUAAAGGGAUGGCCAGCAGUGCAACAGAGGAUGAUGCUCCAUUGGUACUAAUGGCACUUUUCUAUUGAUGAACACUGCCCCUCUAAAUAGGAAGGUCUAUGGGGCAACGGCAAGUGGGAGGAACAGCAAAUCUCAUUUUUUUUGGUAUCAGGGAGUAUUUCUUGCCUAUAUAUAACUGACUAUGGGAUCCACAACAGUAAAUGUAUGGAAGCUAUGAACACAACACACUUUUCAGGGGAAAAAAAUGACAUUUGUUUUUGUUAAAACAAUACAGAAGGAUUAUGCUGUGCUGCUUCAAAUAUAUAGUUGGUAGAUUUUACAUUGAUUGUUUGUCUUUUAAUCAUUGCACAAGAUAUAUUUGCUGACCAUGGCUUUAGAAAGCCACAAUGCACAGGCUCUAACUGCCUCAUAUCAACCUGAAUGCAAUGACCAUGAAUCAAAAGAUGGACCCAGGGAAUAUGUGGAGAGCUACAGGUCUCUAAGUCUGCCAGUCUUAAAUGGGUGUUGUAGAACUGCUUGUCAUGGGUUAGAAUGGAAAGUGGUGGACACAACCCAAACAAACCUGACCCAGGAUAAGAAAAUGUUUUUGCACAGCUUUCAAGGAAAUAUUGACGCUCAAGGGAGACUUUCUAGUGACAUAUCGUCUCAGAGUCAUGCAUCACCCACCAGGACAGCUAUUUCUUUUCAAAACACCUCAUUACUGGGGACUGGAUACACAGAAAGGAUAGAACCUAAUAGAAAUGGUAGCAAACAGAAAGGGCUCUCACAGUCUUCAACAGCCUCUUCCAUAAAAAGCAGGAAAGGCGUUGUUAUUGCACUGACAGACUCCCGGUGUUUUCUGGUAUGCAUGUGCUUUCUAACAUUCAUCCAGUCCCUUAUGGUCUCUGGUUAUUUAAGCAGUGUAAUCACCACCAUAGAAAGAAGGUAUAGUUUAAAGAGCUCUGAAUCUGGACUAUUAGUGAGCUGCUUUGAUAUAGGCAGUCUUCUGGUGGUGGUGUUCAUUAGCUACUUUGGUGGCAAAGGGCGUAGACCACGAUGGCUCGCAAUAGGAGGCUUGCUCAUUGCUCUCGGAGCGGCUCUUUUUUCUUUACCUCAUUUUAUUUCACCACCAUAUCAAAUUCAAGAGCUGAAUGCUUCAGUUGCAAAUGAAGGACUGUGUAUGAAUGGCAACACUACAGCCAAAGAUUCAUUGGAGUCAUCAAUGUGCCCUAGAGAAUCAGGUGGAAAAGAUCACUCCCUUUAUGUAGCUUUAUUCAUCUGUGCCCAAAUACUGAUUGGCAUGGGAUCUACGCCUAUUUACACCCUGGGACCAACUUACUUAGAUGAUAAUGUCAAGAAGGACAAUGCAUCAUUGUAUCUAGCAAUCAUGUACGUCAUGGGCGCGCUCGGCCCUGCUGCAGGGUACUUACUGGGCGGAGUCCUCAUUGGGUUUUAUGUAGAUCCCAGAAGCAUUAUUCACAUCGAGCAGAGUGAUCCUCGUUUCAUUGGGAACUGGUGGAGCGGAUUUCUGCUUUGCGCCAUGGCCAUGCUACUUGUCAUAUUCCCAAUGUUUACUUUUCCGAAAAAGCUUCCACCUCGGCAGAGAAAGAAGAAGAAAAAGAAAGGAAACUCUUAUGAUGUUUCCAGUGAGGAUGAUGUCUUGAAAGAGAAAUCCAGCAACAAAUCAAAAGCAGAUGCCAACCCCGGCCCCUCUAUUGGCUUUGGGAAGAAUUUUAAAGACCUCCCAAGAGCAGCAGUCAGAAUUUUAAGCAACAUGACAUUCCUUUUUGUGAGUUUGUCAUAUACAGCUGAGAGUGCCAUUGUCACCGCUUUUAUUACCUUCAUUCCCAAGUUCAUCGAGUCACAGUUUGGCAUCCCAGCUUCUAGUGCCAGCAUCUACACUGGCCUGAUCAUUGUGCCAAGCGCGGGGGUUGGCAUUGUACUGGGUGGUUACAUCAUUAAGAAGUUGAAACUUGGGGCAAGAGAGUCUGCAAAGCUGGCCAUGAUCUGCUGUGGGGUUUCCCUGCUCUGCUUUUCCACCUUGUUCAUUGUCGGAUGUGACAGUAUUAAUCUUGGGGGUAUUAACAUCCCUUACACCACUGGACCCACGCUAACCAUGACGCACAGAAAUUUAACUGGUGGGUGCAAUGUCAACUGCGGCUGUAAAAUCCAUGAAUACGAGCCAGUGUGCGGUUCAGAUGGAAUAACGUAUUUCAAUCCCUGCCUUGCCGGUUGUGUCAGUGUGGGAAAUCAUAGUGUAGCGGUAAGAAAUUAUACAGAAUGCGGCUGUGUCCAAAGUCGCCAGGUCAUCACCCCUCCAACUGUGGGACAACGUAGCCAACUCCGAGUGGUCAUUGUGAAAACCUACCUGAAUGAGAAUGGCUACGCAGUGUCCGGGAAGUGUGACCGAACAUGCAAUACACUCAUCCCAUUCCUCAUCUUUCUCUUUAUUGUUACCCUCAUCACUGCUUGUGCGCAACCCUCAGCCAUCAUAGUGACACUCAGGUCAGUGGAAGAAGGAGAGAGACCGUUCGCAUUGGGAAUGCAGUUUGUUUUGCUCCGGACUCUGGCGUACAUUCCCACUCCGAUUUACUUUGGCGCAGUGAUCGACACGACGUGCAUGCUCUGGCAGCAGGAUUGUGGCGUGCAGGGCUCUUGCUGGGAAUACAACGUGACGUCCUUUCGCUUUGUUUACUUUGGAUUGGCAGCUGGUCUGAAAUUCUUAGGAUUCAUUUUUAUAUUUCUGGCUUGGUAUUCCAUAAAACACAAAGAGGAUCAAUUGCAGAGAAGAAGGUGGAGGGCGUCGCCAAUAAGCACAGUCAGCGAGAUGGUCAGUAACGUGACGGCCGGACAGAACUAUGCACGGACAAGGUCCUGUCCCACUUUCGGUGCUAGGGAAGAACCUAAUGAAAAUAUAAACAUCAACCGAGGAAUCCAGCACACGGCACAAACCUACCCUGGACCUUUCCUAGAAGCAAUAAAUUCCUCCUUUGAAAACUCUCAAGAAGAAGCCCCAGCUGAAACCUAGAGCAGACAAUCUCUUUCACCGACCUCUGGCUUCCUUGGUUGAGCUCAAUGUGGCGCCUUGUGGAACACACGUGCCUUCUUUUUGAACUACAAAGGAGAAAUCACAAUGCAUUUAAUGAGUAGUUACAGGGUGAUUGAGGGCUGGUUACCUCAACUAUUCUUUUACUCUCCUUAAUAACUGGAGUUUUUAAUAUUUAGUGGUAUCUGUUCUGUUCUCCUACCCUAUGUGAUAGAUUGACACAAAUGUUGGUGGCUGAAAUUCAGCAAGCACUCAGCUGAUAGGUGUCUUCAACCUGGUGGACACUUAGCAAGCACUCAGCUGAUGGAUGUCUUCAACCUGAUGGACACUUAGCAAGCACUCAGCUGAUAGGUGUCUUCAACCUGAUGGACACUUAGCAAGCACUCAGCUGAUAGGUGUCUUCACCCUGGCUGACACUUAGCAAGCACUCAGCUGUUUGGUGUCUUUAAUGUGGCUGAAACUUAGCAAGCACUCAAUUGAUAGGUGUCUUCAACCUGUCUGAAGUUUAGCAAGCAUUCAGCUGAUUGGUGUAUUCAAUGUGGCUCGAACUUAGCAAGCACUCAGCUGAUUGGUGUCUUCAACCUGGCUGAAAUUCAUCAACCACUCAGCUGAUUGGUGAUUUCCACCUGGCUGAAGCUUAGCAAGCACUCAGUUGAUAGGUGUCUUCAAACAAUGCAUCUGAACUUUACUGUGAGGUAUGCUUUAAAGCACAACUAAAUUAGCCAAAACUAUGCAACUACAUUUGAAAAAUGGCAUUUCAAGCAUGUCAAAUACAUAGCAUAGGAAGAGAUCAAACAUACAUCACGUAAAAAGGCACAUAGAAGCUAUAAUUCAGGAUAUAUUUUCUAUCAGACUUCUAUGAUGCAUAGACUUAAUAUACACCAAGCAUGUAAAAUGUUUGCCGUCUCAUAAUCGCAACAUUAGAUAAAAGUGGCCUGAUAUAUGUCCUUGGGAUAUCUCUACUGAAUUAGUGGCUUAGAGAGACUCCCUUCUCAGUGGCAUAGCUUUUUUUUAAUGUAUGAGUAUAUUUUAUAUUUAUUUAGCCGGACUGAGCUAUGCAUGUAUAGAGUGGGACUCAUGGUGUAGAAAGGGAACUCCUUUUCACAUUUUCAAAUAUCAAUGUUACUGUCAUCCUAUAGCCCUAAUAGAACACCUCUGAGGUUUAGCAUCGAGAAGUGCCUUUGGAGCUCACCUGAGGUAUAGGGUGUACAUCCAUAGAGUGUAAUGCUCAGGGCAGCAACAGUACUGCGGUGGAUGAGCCUUCAAGGAAUGGUAGCCACCAGACCCUAAACUGGGACAGAUUGCUGAGCACACAGUAAGUCAAUUGACUUAUUUAAUGGGGUGCCUGGACCUAAGUCUUUGCCCACAGUGUGGGAACAUGGCUGCAUAAUUCCAAAUCAAGGGAAUAAGGUACCCUUCAAAUCCCGCUCCCUGCUGGGGUACAGGCUUAGUAACCCUGGCUCUAAAAAUCCAUGAUAGCCAAGGGACUGCAUAAAGACACUUUCUGGUCCUUUUAACAACUCUAUAAUAGAUGAGGAUAUCAGAAUGAGAUUUUAGCUCACUUUUAUGUGCAGCCCCAAAGGCCUGGUGGGGAGGUCCUACUGAAUCACUCUUAUAACCCCUGACAAGAUCAGCUGAUUAAGCAAAUCUGAGGUUAAAUGAGAACAAUAAUCUGUAUUGAGUUUAUAUUAGAGGGUUAGGUCUAUGCAAGCAUCCAAGGGAAACUAGUCUGUGCUGGUCAGUACCAUUGAGUGCCUGGGGUCCCUAUGUAUAAGCCCAGGAAGCAGAACUGAAAUCUAUAGAAAGUGAAAUUAUUAAUGUGAGAUAUCAGUGUCAGGGGUGGAAAUUACAUUAGAAUUGUAAAAUGUUAACACCCCAUUUUUUCUUUUUUUAGUUUCAUGAUGUUUUUUUAAUGAGUAGGAAAAAUGUUUUUUCAAUUUUCUUCUCGAGUCUUGGAGUCGAGAAAAUUCAUUGUCAUUUUGGUUAGUAAGUAAGUAAGUAAAAAAAAGACAAUUUAAUGGAAAAUAGAUUUUUCUAUUUCUACAAUUUAUAACCAGGGACCUAAGCCCUUAGUACAGUGGAGUAAAUAAUUAUUUCAGGUCUUACUGUGUCUCAGAAUAUAUUUGGGGUCUUACCCCCAUCCCUAACGGCUUUGAACUAAGGAUUCAGCUAGAGGGUUGGGUAUGGGGUAUUAGCUGGUAUAAGUGCCCUGCAAAUGUUCACUCAGGGAUCAAUGUGGAGGCAGCAUUAGCCGAUCCUCCCGUUUCCCCCAACUGCCCCCCAGCCUGUCGGGAAUAAGAGCUCGCCCAGUACUGUAUCAUGUUAAUCCCAGUCAUCACCCUGUGUAUUCGGUUUGGCACUUUCAAUCGAACAGAAAUGGGGCACAACCAACAGGAUGAAGAAAUGGAAACAUUAAGAUUUGAAAGAUGGUGGCAGGCUCAUAUCUUUUUGUCUUAGUAAUAACGAUUCCCUUAUUUAUUAUGCUCAUCUCUAUGAAAAUCCCCCAUCUACUUGUAUUAGGGACUCUGUGCAGCUGUUACCAUCACAUGGGAACAAAUGAAAUGGCUUGGUGGGACCAUGUGAUAAUCAGCAAUAUAAUGUAUCUUUGAGAAUUAAACCAAGAUUUAAAAUGUUU